ACGCAGCCCUAACGAAUCCAGCCGCUCUCCCCGUUCCCCUCCCCCACGCCGACCCGCCGCCGAAACGCCUCCCCCUCCCCACGCCGCCGCCGCCACUGCCCUCGCCCUCGCCCUCCGCGCAAUUGGCCGAGACCCUCCGCGCAAGUGGCCGUCCUCCUCUUCCCCCUACUCGGCUGGCGCCGCGUCGGGUGGCGCGGAGUGGAGAUCCGCCCGCGCCUUGACUGGUGCCUUCGCUAGGCGAUGGACAGUAAGUGGUGUAAGGUCUCAUGAAUUCUGCCAGGCGAUCAGGAGAGGUCUGACGUAUCAUCUCAGAGACACUGCCGGCUACAGUUUCAGAGUUUCAGAAGAAUUUUUGCAAGGAGGAAGGGGAUCUUGUUCUGGAAAUUACUUGGCAUCCAUUUUCUUUUUUCAUAUUUGUAAAGAAGGGACAGAAUGGCUGGUGAUAGUAGGAAACAGCGUUCCAAGUGGGAUGCGAAAGAAGGACCUCAUGAUAUAGUUGAGAUCAGCGAAGAUGAGUCUCUUCCUGAUAAGACAGGUGGUCACCGUAAAGGUGAUGUACACCCAAAACCUGAUACCUCCAUGCACCACGGUGGUGCUGGACAUGAGAAGGAACAGGCUGAUGGGUUCAAUAAAGAUACCAAGGAAUUGCAACCUAAGGCACCCUCUGAAAGACCACAGCUUCUCAGAGCGGCUGAUGAGCGUGAUGAGUGGAGCAAGGCAGCUGCUAACCAAGGCAUGAACAGAUAUGCAGAUGACAGAAGACGCGGUGAUGGAUGGGGUACAGCUCGUAAUCGUGGUUAUUCUUCUAGGGCGCCUUCUGAUCCAGAUGCAUGGAGGCCUCGUAGUCGCAGUCCAUCUCCAAGAGGGGUUUGGAAUAGAUCACGCAGGAACAGAAGUCGUUCCAGAAGCAGAAGCAGAAGCAGAAACAGGAGUAGGAGCAGAAGCAGGAGUAUAGGGCGAGGCAGGGGAAGGAGCAGAAGUCCUUAUUUUGCUGAUCGUGGACCUGAGUGGAGGGUUGAGAGAGGCAGAACAUCUGGAGGGCCUGCUCUGCCCUGCAGAGAUUUUGUGGCUGGCAGGUGCAGAAGAGGCACGAAUUGCAGGUUCCUUCAUGAAGAUGGAGGGCAGAGGCCAUUUGAAGAUCAUUAUCCUGCUGACCCAAGGGAAAGAUAUGGGUUUCAGAACAAGGAAUUCAUGGAUUCACGAGAACCAAAUGACUAUUUGCGUAAUAGGCAAUCUCGAGAUCAUUAUGAUGAUGGGCCAUGGGAAAGAUCUGAACCCCGAAGGGAUUAUCGGUCUACUGAACAAUGCUAUAAUUUUGCCAAAGGGAGGUGUGCUAGAGGUGCUAGCUGCCGAUUUGCUCAUGGUGAUUCUGCUUCUCAUGGUGGAUGGAGAGAUGAGGCUAGGGAAAGUGCCCAUGAUAGAGUUGGCCCUGAUUCAUCCUAUGGGAAUAGGACUGAGCACCGUAGGGUAAAUAAAAACCCUUGUAAGUUUUUUGCUGAAGGUCGAUGUCGCCGUGGUGAAAAUUGUCCAUAUCUCCACGAGGAAGCUCCCCAGAGUCAGAUAGGAGUGAGUGCACCUGAUGAGCCUUUGAAUUACAGUGAUGGGCGUUCAGCAAGAGGAGACUACUCAAACUGGGGUGAACAAAAUAAUGCUAUGCGUGCAACUUCUCAGAUUUUAUCCAGGGAUGACAGGGAAAAUCCUAUUUCUCAGAAUAUUGGCAGAAAUGAUUCUCAUUAUGAGUACGAGAACCGGCUUUCAAAAGAUGCUGGAAAGAGUCAGUACCAGAUUAUUCCUCAGGAAGAUUUUCGUUCACAAGUGGAAAAUAAACAUGAAGUUGCUGUUUCACAACAGCCACAGUUAUUAACUCCUGUCCAGAUUACUGCAGAUAACAUGAAUAAUGAGAACAUAUCCGGCAUGGGUGGUCAGAAUGCUCCUGCAACAGAGAUGAGCAUGCAAUCGGGUAUGCAUAGUGCUAAUAUAAUAGCAGAGCAAAGCCUUGGACAAAUACUUCAGAGACAUGACGCGAUUCCUCAUAUUCCUGGGCCAUCAACUCUUCCAGUCACCACCCAAUUGCAGAAGGUUGCAUCCUCAUUCCAUUCGAAUAGCCAUGCGCAACAGAGCAACUUUCCUGUACAUCAGAACAGGCAAGAGCAAUUUGUAGUUCCACAGGCAUCUGCAAAUAAUACUCCCAGCACGCAGGGCCAGCCGGUUGCUCCUAAUAUGGGACAUGGCCAACAUGGCUAUGGUCUAGAGCCACAGGCACUGCCAAAUCCCUCUGCACAUAAUGGACAUAAUUUCAGUGUUGCCAGUCAAGUUCCACAGAAUCUUCCAACAACUGUGCUUCAGGCAACAGUCGACAUCCCCAGGCUAACUCAAGACAGUGGUUCUCAAAGCAUACGAAACAUGCAGAAUUUCCAGCCUCCAAAUAUGCAAAAUCAACCCUUGCAAGGGUUACCUCUUGUGCCAACUUCCAGCUCAACUGAUGUGGCUGGAGUUCCUGUUUCUCACAAUGCAGCAAAAAGUGAAGAAGUUAGCCGCGUUACUGCAUCCUUGGCACAGUACUUUGGAAAUACCGCUUUUGGUACUGGUACAGUUGGAUUACAAUCAUCACAGCCUAAUGUUAAUUCGAGCCUGAUGGCCACUUCAUCUGCUGCACCUCCAGCUGUCCAACCCAAUCAGUGGCCCUGGGCGCAGCAACAAACAGGCAUAGUCCAACCUGGUCUUGCUGUUCCAUCUGAACAGCAGCAGCAGGCUCCCCAGACAUUCCAGAUGCCAAUCGCCGUCGGUAUUAGUAAUGGUAACUCUAUGCACUUACCUCAUGGAGGUGCACCGUCUGGUCCUGCUGCCGCUGCUUCAGUGGUCAAUGAAACUGUGCCUCCAGAAAGUAAGAAAGGAGAGAACAAAGAUAGUGACGCUGAGGCUCAUGAGGAUGGUGAUAAUAAGAAGAGCAAGGACUCCAAGACACUGAAGAUGUUCAAGGUUGCACUUGCGGACUUUGUGAAGGAAGCACUGAAGCCUACAUGGAAAGAGGGUCAGAUGAGCAGGGAGGUCCAUAAAACCAUCGUGAAGAAGGUUGUCGACAAAGUUACAAGCACGGUGGAAAAUACACCUCCAACGAAAGAGAAGAUCGAGAUCUACAUGUCCUACUCCAAAGAAAAACUAAAUAAACUCGUACAGGCAUAUGUUGGCAAGUAUGCCAAGGCGUAACAUUUCACGAAUAACAUUGCUCCAAGUCUGAGGUUGAAAUCACUGAAAGCGCCACAUUCUGCGAUCAAAAGGUUUAGGAUUCUUCUGUAAAAUAGUGGUGCGCUGGCGCUUCACACCCAGGUUUUGCUUGCAGUUUGAGAGUUUAUAGUGUUGCUUGGUUAGACGGACAGGUGGUGCCGCUGCUAGCGCGCGAUGGCACCAAACUUCUCAGCUGUAACUUUUGUAGAAGAUUUAUUUGAAGAUUGGACUUUAUGUAGCGAAGUACGCAAGGUGUGGACUAUAGGAGAUAAACUUACAUGUGGUGUGGUGUGUGCUCAGCAAGUCAGCAAUCAGCAUGCCUCUGAGUUCUACUUCCUGGUUUGUGUGAUACUCGGUUGAAUCGUGACUGGUUUAUGUCUCAA